UGAAACCCGCUGGGGUGGGGGCUCUAAGCCGUCGCCCAUCAUCUACGGAGAAGUGCCAGGAGCCACAACAAGUGCACCCACACCAAAGACAUCAGGCUCAUGGCGGAGGCUGCCAGUGACCCCAGCUGUGAGGAACAGGAAGAGCUGCUUGCAGAAGACAGCCAAGGGCUCACAACUCAGCGGAGAGAAGAAGAUGAAGAAGAGGCUGCCCGUGAGCAGCGUCAACGAGAGCGAGAGAGGCAGCUGCAGGACCAGGACAAAGAUGAAGAUGAUGGCGGCCAGCCCCAGGAAAAGCCAGAAGAACAGACACUCCUGAAGUCCUCUGAACUGGAUGAAGAUGAGGGUUUUGGUGACUGGUCCCAAAAGUCAGAGCCACGGCAGCAAUUCUGGGGGAGCGAGGGCACUGCAGAGGGGACCGAGCCCUCUCAAAGUGAGAGUCCAGAGGAGAAACAAUCAGAGGAGAGGUCUCACCAAGCCGAAGUCCACCUGGAGGACUUGAGCCUGAGCCACAAGGAGCCCAACUCAGAGGAUGGUGUUGGGGCUUCUGGGGAGGCAGAAGAGCACCUGACAAGCCAUCAGGCCAGGACCCCCAGCCCUUUGGCCUUGGAAGACACUGUUGAGCUGAGUUCACCUCCCCUGAGCCCCACCACCAAACUGGCUGAUAGGACGGAGUCCCUGAACCGUUCCAUAAAGAAGAGCAACAGUGUGAAGAAGUCCCAACCAACAUUACCCAUUUCCACAAUCGAUGAGCGCCUGCAACAGUACACCCAGGCCACUGAGUCUGCUGGCCGGACUCCCAAGCUGUCCCGCCAGCCCUCCAUAGAGCUGCCUAGCAUGGCUGUGGCCAGUACCAAGACUCGUUGGGAGACAGGCGAGGUGCAGACUCAGUCUGCUUCCAAGACACCCUCCUGCCAGGAUAUUAUAGCUGGAGAUAUGAGCAAGAAAAGCUUGUGGGAGCAGAAAGGAGGCUCCAAGAUCUCAUCCACCAUCAAGAGCACCCCAUCUGGGAAGAGGUACAAGUUCGUGGCCACUGGACAUGGAAAGUAUGAGAAAGUGCUUGUGGAUGAGGGCUCGGCACCAUAGACCAUGUAUGCAUCUUGGAGAGACUCCAUCCAGAUGCUACUCCCAGCCAUGACCAAGAAAUUGCUUCCUGUUGCCAGUCUGGCCUGCUGUCAUGCCUCCAACAACCCAUCUGCCACUUGCCCCUCCAUCUUCUAUUCUGUCUCAUCCUCUGAUCAACCCCCCCCCAACCUUGCCUCUCACAAUAAGCUAAAAGGACCACUCCCUAGAGGAGCCAAGAGCUCCCAAGGAAGGAUGGAAGAGACAAGGCAAGCAUCCCAGCCAGCUCCAAGGGUACCUGUCCCCAUGCUGAAUGCUCAGGACUCUGAGUCCUGUCCUGCCCAGUUUGAAGACACCUCAUUUUGUGUAAUAAAGUGCCUUGAGCGUUCCCCC